AUGGCAACAGAUAUAAGCAGUAUGCCUUUAAAAGAAUAUUCACUUGCUGAAACAAAACGUCAUAAACCAUGUUUAAUAUAUCGUGGUCAUCGUUAUGUACAAGACAAAGUACAAAAUCGUACUAUUUAUUGGCGAUGUGAAGAUCGUGCACAUUGUAAUGGUCGUGCACAUCAAUUAAUUGGCAAUGGAUCAUUACCUAUUCUUACCAUAAAGCAUAAUCAUCCACCUAUUGUUGAGGAUUUAUCAAGGCAUGACAUUGUAUCGGUUGAUAGUCAUCGUCGUCGAAAACGACAAAAUCGAAAAAUAUCCUCUCAUCAUCUACAAAACAGAGUCAAUGUACGUUUAAAUUUUAUAAAUAUCUAUCAUGAUCCAGAUGUUCUUCGACCCUCACCGACAUCAUCAACAAUGACAUCACCAAUAAAACUGGAAAAUCAUCAAAAUAAACAACAACGUAUUCAACAGCAACAUGCAGCUAUAGUUAAAAAUCUUCAUCUAUCUGAAGUAAUUACAACAGCCAUACCUCCAAAUAUUUCUCAUCAUAAUGGUAUCACUGCAUAUCGUCAUACAAUAGCUGAUACAAAUGAAAUGACUAAGUUACUUACUAAUAUAACAACAGCAACUACAACAUCAACAAAUUCUUCAUUAAAAACAACUUCGACAUCUCGAGCAGUAGAUUAUCCAAGUCGUUUAAAUCAUUUUUCAUGGGAAGAAAUCGAAGCACGCUAUUUACCAGUUAUAUACAGACAUGAAAAUGGUCUAAAUCAACGUUAUAUAUCGAAGAUGUACGUUGAGCAUACUUUAUUUGAAAGUGAAUCAUGGCAACGACAUACACUGUUAGCUCGUUCACUACCACCGUUAAUAUCCUAUCCCUAUACAGAACAUGAACUUAAAUUAUAUCGUUCAAUUAUUGAAUGGCAUUUAGCAAGUUUCCAUUUUAAAACCAUUCCAUCUUCAGAUUGUCUCAUUUGUUUUGAAGAUCUUUUGGAUUUUUAUAAUAAUUUACGUAAAUUACGAGAUACUUUAACAACAACAACAUUUAAUCGACCAAUAGUACCAUUACAACGACCAACUCCACUUCCACUUAAACCAAAUAUACAAUCUGAAUCAUUCGAAUUACCUACACAAAUACUAUCAUCUAUGAAACAGCAAUCGAAAGUUCAUUUAUUACCACAAAAUCCAGAUGUUCCAUCACAAAUAAAUCAUCGACAUCAAGAACAAUUAAUAUCAUGUCAAAAAUAUCCAAAAGAAUCUGGUUGGGUACAAAUAAAUAAUGUUUUUGUUCCUUAUAUUGUUAAGGUAAAACUACGUGAAAAUGAAUUAAAUAAAUGUCAUACACGUCAACCAGCACCACAAUUACAACGUGAGUUUUAUGUUCCAUAUGAAAUUCUUGUUAAAUGUAAUAUUUUUUCUGAUAAUGAAUUUUCAUUGAAAAAACUUCUUAUCAAAGCUACACCGCAAGAUUUUGAUAUUUUAAAUAAUCUUAUUACAAAUAUAAAUAUAUUCGAUGAAAAAGUGCCUGAAAAAACUUUAUUAGUUAAUUUAUAUCAUAUUAUGGUAGGUCUUAAUCGUAUUUUUUAUAUUAAAUUUUUACCGACUAAACAUCCACGAUCACAAGUUAAUAAAUAUCAUGCUGAUAUAUUAACAAAUAAAGGUGGUACAUUAAUUACUAAUGGAAAUAAAUUAAUACCGUAUAUUGUGCAAAACAAUCGUUUUUAUGUACCACUUUUAUAUACAUUUCAUUCAUUACCAAAUAUACUUAUCCAAGCUAAACGUGGUGCACGUGCUCCAAGACAAUAUGAAAUUGAUUAUUUGAAUUUAUUAUUUAUUUAUUUUUCAAUUGAUACACAACCAUUAACAUCGGAUACUUUACUUGUUGAUAUAUUUAAUAUAAAAUGUGCGAAUUUACAAUCACCUAUUCAUUUUCGUACAUUACAUGAACAUCAACAGUAUGAACACAAUAAAUUAUUAAAUUCCGUUACGCAUAGUCAACAACCAUCGAAACCAACAACUGCACCAUUAACAACAAAUAAAACAAAUAAGUAUCCAUUAGCCAAUGUUGUUGUUAAUCCAAUGAUUCACCAUCCAUCUUUUUAUGGUUUAACAGCUCCUAAAACAGUGUUAUCAGUACAAAAGCCUGUAAAACAACCUGACAUAAAAACAAUUAUAUAUGAUAAUCGUGUAUUAAAUGCAAUUAUUAAAUCAUCUGAUACAUCAAUUAAUGAUUGGAAAAUAUCUUUGCAAGAAAUUUUUCAAAAAUUUUCUUUUAAUAUUGAUUAUCAGAAAUUUAUUCAAUGGUGUCAAACAAAUUUACUUUUACCGUUAGUUAAAUUAGAUGAAGAUGAAAAUCAAAUUAUUAAAAAUAAUCAUAAUGAUGACGAUAAUUAUUAUGUUUAUCAACGUAAUCUUAAUAGAUGUAUUGAGCUAUUAAAUGAUAUUAAACAUGGUUCCAUUAGCAUGACUUUAUUACCACUAUCACCAAACAAUGAAUUACAACAACAACAGCAACAGCAAGAAUCAAUGGUUAAAUCACCAUUAGCAGGUGCUAAAAAACGUAAAACUAUGAUGUCAACAACUCGUCAUAUAUCACCAACAUCAACACCUAAUGAAACAAUACCAUUAUCAAAUACUAUUCCGGAAGAAAUCUAUUAUCUGUCACCAGAAUUACCACUUCCUGACGAAAUGACUCAAUCAGUUAAUACUGAGAGUUCAGUAAAAUCUCCAAAUGAUCAAAUAACUUGUCUCAUAACCAAUGAUGAUGAUAAUAAUAACAAUCAUAAUGAUGAUGAUGAUAUGAUGCCAGUUGUAGCUUCUGUUGAAGAAGAACAACCAAUUGAAGAACCAAUUCGUUCAGAACUCGAUACAUCAUUUAUUAUAGUUGACUCAAAUGAUGGUAAUGAUGAAAAAAUUCAACUUGAUGAUGAAACUCUAUCAUGUUCAUCGGAUUAUGAAUCAUCUGCAAUAAUAACUAAUAUUGAUAUUAAUAUACAUGAAGAUGACGAGCAAACAAAUUCAACAAUAUAUUCACGAGAACAUUCAUCAUCAUGUCCAUCAACAAUAUCACGAAAUUCUUCAAUGAUAUCAUCAAAAAAUCAAAGUAAAACGAAUAAAAAACGUCAACGUAAUACAUAUGGAAGCUCACGAGCACAAUCACGUUCAAUAACACCACGAAAUCGUAAAAAAUCAUGUCCAAUUAAUGAUCAAUCAUCACUAGUAACCAUCAUAACGAAAGAUAAAAUUGAACAACAUUUAAGAACAUUAUUCAUGUCAUCAAAUGAACAAAAACGUACACGUACAAGACCAAUAAAAACACCAACACGUCUUGUUGAAGAAAUCAAUACAAAUAAUAUUAAUAAUAAUAAUAAUAAUAAUACAAUCAAUAUGAUGGAGCCAGAUACAAAUGUGUUUGAUAUUCUUUCUUCAUCGAUUAUAAAUGAGACAACGAAUAAUAAUGAGCCAAUACAAAAUAAUAAUCAAUCAUGCACAUAUAAUGUUGUUAUAACAGACAAACCUAAUAAAUUAGGUUUAACUAUAAAAAAAGUUGUUCAAUCAUAA